ACCUCGUUGCAUUUUUUUAUGUUUGGUCAUAGAGUUUGGUUGAACUGAUUGAAUUAUCCGGCCAACUUUUCUACACCGUCAUCAUGAACACUGAAUCAGUUGUCGAGUUCCUUGGGAAUGUACCCUUAUUGCAGCGGUUACCUAGUUCUUCUCUCAAGAGAAUCGCUGAAGUUGUUGUCUUCAAACGUUAUGAGAGAGGUGAUUAUCUGGUUCGUAAAAAUCAGAAUGUGGAUGGAGUUUAUUUUCUCUUGGAAGGAGAGGCUCAGGUUCUGAAAUCAGCUGGAGAGGAAAACUCUCAACAGUUCCUUUUGAAACGAUUUGAUUUCUUCGGCCCUGGUAUUUUUGGGGAUGUUUACUCAGCAGAUGUUGUUGCAGUCUCAGAGCUCACCUGCUUAUUGUUGAUGUCUGAUCAUCGUGCUUUGCUUGAGACAAAGUCAGUCUCGGAUUCAGAUAAGGAACGAUGUCUUGUGGAACACAUAUUGUAUCUAGAACCAUUAGAUUUGAAUGUAUUCCGGGGGUUCACUCCACCCAAUGCUCCAACCUAUGGAAAGGUUUAUGGAGGGCAGUUAGUUGGACAGGCACUCGCCGCAGCAUCAAAAUCUGUUGAAAAUAUGAAGAUAGUCCAUAAUUUACAUUCCUAUUUCCUUCUUGUUGGAGAGAUAAAUAUUCCCAUCAUAUUUGAAGUUAUCCGCUUACGUGACGGCAAUAACUUUGCCACCAGAAGAGUAGAUGCUAGACAGAAAGGAAAAACCAUAUUCAUCUUGUUCGCGUCAUUUCAGAGAAAGCAACAAGGUUUUAUUCACCAGGAGUCGAUCAUGCCUCAUACACCAGCUCCUGAAAUGCUUCUAACAAGGGAGGAGAUGCUUGAGCGGCGUAUAACUGACCCUCUUCUACCUAGGGAUUACCGAAACAAAGUUGCAACUGAAAUUAAUGCUUCAUUCCCUAUAGAUAUUCGAUUUUGUGAGCCAAAUUAUUCGACAGAACAGACAAAGUCUCCUCCAAGACUGAAAUAUUGGUUUAGAGCAAAGGGAAAACUUUCUGAUGAUGAUCAAGCUUUGCAUAGAUGUGUGGUUGCGUAUGCUUCUGAUUUGAUAUUCGCCUCUAUCAGUUUAAACCCUCACCGCAGAGAGGGCAUGAGUGUAGCUGCUCUUAGCCUGGACCACUCGAUGUGGUUCCACCGACCUCUAAGAGCUGAUGAUUGGUUGUUGUUUGUGAUAGUGAGUCCAAUCGCGUCCGAAAGCCGCGGUUUUGCCACUGGGAAAAUGUUCAACAGAAAGGGAGAGCUGGUGGUAUCAUUGACGCAAGAAGCUGUGCUAAGAGAAGCUGUAACUAUAAAGCCCUCCUUCGGCGCGAAGCUCUGAAGUCGUAGUAUUGAUAGUGAGAGAAUUGCUGCAUCUAUCACACCUCACGGUCACUAUUCCAAAUAUAGUCUUCACGAAGUACAUUUGCAAAUGGUUUUUGAUUCACAAUUAUUUUUCCCCUCAAAAAGGGUCUACACAUUGUAUGUUUGUUUGUUGUAAAACCCCGAUAAAUAAUGUUUUCAACA